GAAAAAAUGUGUUGAGAAGGAGCUAGAAGCUGAAAGAAAAUGGUCUGACAAAUGGGGAUUCAUGCAAGCAGCUCUUAAGGAGUUGCUUGAAGAAGAAAAGAAAGAAAAUGCAAAGCCCAAGAUAGAGCUCCCAGAACACCUGCAGAUUCGACCUGUGACACCUGUGGAGAAAUACCUUAAGGUAAAUCCAUCUCCUCCAGUACCUAAAACCACCCAGGGAUUUAUUGGCUGGAGAUCAGGUGUUCCAGGGUUGGAACUUGAACAUGAUUUCCAAAUCCAAAGCAGCAAAGGAACCCUGAGUAGGGAUCUGAAGUGA